CGGCGGCGCAGGCGCUGUUCCCGCCUCCUCGGCCGGCGAGCGAGUGGAGGCUGCAUCCCGGUGCGGCUGACUGUCGCGUCGCCGCCGCCUCCGCCGCGGAGCCCCCCGCCCGGCUGCCCCAAGUCGAAAUGAGCUCCAGGAAAGUGCUGGCCAUUCAGGCCCGAAAGCGGAGGCCGAAAAGAGAGAAACAUCCGAAAAAAAAUCAAGCAGAAGAUUGAGCUGCUGAUGUCAGUUAACUCUGAGAAGUCGUCCUCUUCAGAAAGGCCGGAGCCUCAACAGAAAGCUCCUUUAGUUCCUCCUCCUCCACCGCCACCACCGCCACCACCACUGCCAGACCCGGCACCUGCUGAGCCAGAGGAAGAGCUUCUUGGAUCAGAUGAUGAGGAGCAGGAGGACCCUGCAGAUUACUGCAAAGGUGGCUAUCAUCCAGUGAAAAUUGGAGACCUCUUCAAUGGCCGAUAUCAUGUUAUUAGGAAGUUAGGAUGGGGACACUUUUCUACCGUCUGGCUGUGCUGGGAUAUGCAAGGGAAAAGAUUUGUUGCAAUGAAAGUUGUAAAAAGUGCCCAGCAUUAUACAGAGACAGCCUUGGAUGAAAUUAAACUGCUCAAAUGUGUUCGAGAAAGUGACCCCAGUGACCCAAACAAAGACAUGGUAGUCCAGCUAAUUGAUGACUUCAAGAUCUCAGGCAUGAAUGGGAUACAUGUCUGCAUGGUCUUUGAAGUACUUGGUCACCAUCUCCUCAAAUGGAUCAUCAAAUCCAACUAUCAAGGCCUCCCAGUACGUUGUGUGAAGAGUAUCAUUCGACAGGUUCUUCAAGGAUUAGAUUAUCUACACAGUAAGUGCAAGAUAAUUCACACCGACAUAAAGCCAGAAAACAUCUUGAUGUGUGUGGAUGAUGCUUACGUGCGAAGAAUGGCAGCCGAAGCCACUGAGUGGCAGAAAGCAGGUGCUCCUCCUCCUUCUGGGUCUGCAGUGAGCACGGCUCCACAGCAAAAACCUAUAGGAAAAAUAUCUAAAAACAAAAAGAAAAAGCUGAAAAAGAAACAGAAGAGACAGGCUGAAUUGCUGGAGAAACGCCUACAGGAGAUUGAGGAAUUGGAGCGAGAAGCUGAAAGGAAAAUCCUAGAGGAGAACAUCACCUCUGCAGAAGCUUCCAGUGAGCAGGAUGGAGAGUACCAACCGGAGGUGAAACUAAAAGAAGCUGAGUUAGAGGACACAACUGAGGAAGAGACAGCCAAGGAUAAUGGUCAAGUUGAAGACCAGGAAGAGAAAGAAGAUGCAGAGAAGGAAAACACUGAGAAGGAUGAAGAUGAUGUUGAACAGGAACUUGCAAACAUAGACCCUACGUGGAUGGAGUCCCCUAAGGCCAAUGGCCAUAUUGAAAAUGGCCCGUUUUCCCUGGAGCAGCCACUGGAAGAUGAAGAGGAUGAUGAAGAUGACUGUGCAAAUCCCGAGGAGUAUAACCUGGAUGAACCAAAUGCAGAGAGUGAUUACACUUAUAGCAGCUCCUAUGAACAAUUCAAUGGUGAAUUGCCAAACGGACAACAUAAGAGUUCCUCCGAGUUUCCCACACCGUUGUUUUCUGAGCCCUUAGAACCUGUGGCCUGUGGUUCUGAGCUUUCAGAGGGAUCGCCACUUACAGAGCCGGAGGAGAGCAGUCCGUCCCAUGACAGAAGCAGGACAGUUUCAGCCUCCAGUACUGGGGACUUGCCAAAAACAAAAACUCGGGCAGCUGACCUGUUGGUGAACCCUUUGGAUCCACGGAAUGCAGAUAAAAUUAGAGUAAAAAUUGCUGACCUGGGAAAUGCUUGUUGGGUGCAUAAACAUUUCACAGAGGAUAUCCAGACACGUCAGUAUAGGUCCAUAGAGGUUUUGAUAGGAGCAGGCUACAGUACACCUGCAGACAUUUGGAGUACAGCAUGCAUGGCUUUUGAGCUGGCCACAGGAGACUACUUGUUCGAACCACAUUCUGGGGAAGACUACUCCAGAGAUGAAGACCACAUAGCCCACAUCAUAGAGCUGCUAGGCAGUAUCCCGAGGCACUUUGCUCUGUCUGGAAAAUAUUCUCGGGAAUUCUUCAAUCGCAGAGGAGAACUGCGGCACAUCACCAAGCUGAAGCCCUGGAGCCUCUUUGAUGUACUUGUGGAAAAGUAUGGCUGGCCCCAUGAAGAUGCUGCACACUUCACAGAUUUCCUGAUCCCAAUGUUAGAGAUGGUUCCAGAAAAACGAGCCUCAGCUGGUGAAUGCCUUCGACAUCCGUGGUUGAAUUCUUAGCAGAUUCUACAAAUAUAGCAUUCUGAGCUAGCAGAGUUUCCCAGUACAGUGGACCUAAGCAGUGGCUCUCUCAUUCUUUAACAGGAUUACAAGUGAGCUGGCUCCACCCUCAGACCUUUGUUUUGCUUUGAGGUACUGUUGUUUGACACUUUGCUUCCUGUGCACCAUGGUCCUGGGGAAGGGUGGUCUUUGUCUUCAGCUAAGUAGUUUACUGGCCAUUUUCUUCUGGAAACAAUAACAUGUCUCUAAGCAUUGUUUCUUGUGUUGUGUGACAUUUAAAUGUCAAUUUUUUUGAAUGAAAAAUACUUUCCCCUCUGUGUUUUGGCAGGUUCUGUAACUAUUUAUGAAGACAUAUUUUAGCUGAGUAUUAUAUAUAAUUUACAAUCUUAAGAAAUUAUCAGUUGGAACCAAGAAAGAGCAAGGAAAUGUACAAUUUUAUCUUCUGGCAAAAGGAAAUCAUUCCUGUAUUAUAGUGUAUGUAACUAUUAAUUUGCAAAAAAUAGGGGAUGAGGAUUCACAUUCAGAAAAGCUACCCAGUCCUGAGUGCUUUUUAGCCUACAUUGCAUGUUGCAGAUUUCCACUGCUUCAAGAAGUUGUGCAAACUUUUCAUUCCAUGACAGUCCAGGUGGCUCUGGAUUAGGUGCCGUGUCCUCUGUGGCACUUUAGAGGGACAAAAACUUUAAAAACUUGACAUUAUAAUCUAGCAAUUCUAUUUGUAUUUUGCAUAUUUUAAAAACUAUGUUUAAAGUAUAAGUCCUUUCCACUUAAAAUGUGAUGGCCCAAUCCCAUGUAGUGUCGCCUCUUACCAGCACUGUAAGUUAAAUACAUAGAUUAAAUUGGACAAGAGAAAUAUGUUCAGUGUGUGGAAUGAAAAAAAUAAUAUCUUAAUGGAAAAGCAUGAUCGUGUUGUUUAAAACACAAGGUGUGGCUUAUACAGUUUGCAACGCAGUGGAGAGAAUGCUCCUCCCAGCUUAAAGGUACCAGCGCCCCAUCCCCUAGGCAGCUUCCCUGACCACUGCAGCUUCCCUUGCCUUUCGUUACUUCCCAUGAAUGAGAAGGCCAUUUCCCCUUUGCAGACCGCAUACCGUUUUAGUUUAUGCAUUUCCUUAAAAUUAACUGUAGAAUCCAGGAUACAAACCAUUAGUAGGCAAUACUAUUUUAGAAUGUAACUUAGGAGGUAUAUUUAGCCUCUUUUAGAAGUCAGUGGAUUGAAUGUCUUUUUUUAAAAACUUUUUAUUCAUUAAGGUGCCUCGUUUUUCUUGACUUUGUCCAUUAACAUUUAUCCAUACGCCUUUGCAAUAAUUAGAUUGUGAAAAGCUAACGAGUGUUGUAACAAUAAUUCUUCGUUUGGGGUGCUUGCACUUGUCUUUAAUUAAAGUGUUUUGGGGUGUUUUUCCAGACAUUGCCUUGGUUAUUGCCCUGUAUUUGAAGAGACAGAAUCAACAUACAUUUGCUCUCAGUAGAGUGUCAACAAAGCUAAAAGAGGUGCAGAUUAAGUCACAGGACAUGCAUUAGGGCAGAAUGGAUUUUAUGAAUGAGGCUUUAGUUACAGCUUCAUUAUCUACAAUGUGGGUGUCCCCUCAUUUUUUUUUUUAUCAGUGUUUCAUUGUAAGUGCAAUGGUUUUCUCCUCCUUCCCAGUCUUUCCCUCUGGGGAAAAGACACAUAUCCCUCUUAGGGGUUAGCAUUAUUAUAUUAUACACUGUAGUGAGAUAGGUGCCACUCAUUCAUAAACUAUGCAUGCUGUUUCUAAUGAGGCUGUGGGUUUCCUUAUAGAGCCUAUGACAGAGAUGGUGGCUGUUAAGUCACGAUUUCUAUAGACACAUUCCUGUAAGAACCACAGAGUAUGUUUAUGUCUUCCCUACCUCUGAGAAAACUUUUAUGAUUUGAAUGAAAUUUGUCUAAUGCGGUUAGAAAUGUCAAGUUGGAAAUGGAAGCUAGAACAUUAUUCCUAAGGUGGUUCUUCUAUUAAUACCCUAACUAGUUUACGAUAUACAAGGAGUUCUAGAAUACACUUUUGUGAUUGGGUACCAUAUGGUUAUAUCAGAUUCUUGGUAGCAUGAUGAUAAAGAAUAAAUGUAAAGGUUGGGUGUUGUUUUGCACUCCUUUAAUCUCAGCACUUGGGAGGCAGAGGCAGGAAGAUCUCUGAGUUUGAAGCCAGCCUGGUCUACAUAAGUUCCAGCCUACCCAAGGCUAUAUAGUGAGAUCCUGUAUUGAAAAUCUAGGAAGAAAGAAAAGAAUAAAAGCUUAAAGUGAACCAUUGGUUAUUUGGAACAUUAUAGUCAAUCAACUAAGUCUUUUUAGUGGAAAGACCCUGUGAAAUCUCCAUAGAAAAUUACAAGCAGUGGGUCCCAUAUGUAACUUUUAACAGAUUCAGAAAUAGCUAAUCUAAAAAUUGGCAGAGCUGUCCAGAGAAAAAGUGGGUAUUAGGGAGUUUGAAAUAAGUAUACUUUUUAAGCGAGAUCUUGUUUUUCCAUAUUCCCUUCACCUUCAUUGGAAUAGAAAACAUGUUCAGAUUAUUUUUCUUUUCUUCUUGUUUUGUGAGGCAAGGACUCAGAGAUCUGCCUACCUAGGCAUGCCAAUCCCCUCCCACCCCUCAAACACACACACACACACACCCUCUUUCUCUUAAUUAAGUUUGUAGAGUGUGUUCAUUAAAGAUUAUAUUUAGUUGAUGUCUUUCAGUCUGCACAAGAGCUUUCAUUAUGAAUUACUUAUAUAGCUGGCUACUUUGAAAUUCAGUGGACAAGUGAAUUUAAGGAUGAAUAUUCAUUUUUCUUUGGUCUACCUGAAAUUGUCAAGGAGGGACAAUGUGAACCUAUCCAGUUUUUAGACUAAGGUUUCUUUAGUAAACAUCCUAAGUCAAAGAUGGCAAGGUUAACUGGUCUUCAAAAACUUGAAGAUGAUUGGUUUUAAGCCCUAAACGAGCUGUAUUCUUGAGUUAAUUUUCAAAUGGGAAUUAAAUGAUAAAACAUGAUUUAAAUCACUACCAAAUUUAAGUUUACUAUUUUUCCUGAUGCACAAAAUUGAUAUACUGUGCCCAGUUGUGUCAUGUGUUUGGAAGGUGGUAAAUAGGGCCACUCCUGAGAGGUAGACAGCAGAAGUUGGUAAUUAAAAAAAAAGGUCACAACUGAUGUAUCUUCUUUGAGUAAUAAACUAUUCACUGAGA